GACCUGCUUCUGCUAAUUAACUACUGGGAGCGAGCUAGCUAACGCUGCAGCUGGUUUGGUUUGAUUCUGCAGGGGUACUGGGGGACGAUGAAGAUUGAUCUGAUGGGGAAACUGCUGUUCUUGCUUGCAUGGAUUACUCUCUUGCAAGGUUGCGGCAUGGUGAAAUCUCUUACUUACGAUUACUCAUCAAGCGUCGAGUGCUUGGCUGAGCCGCCGGAGCCGCAGUACGGCGGCGGCGUCGUCCGCAACGCCGACUUCAGCGCCGGCCUCCAGGGAUGGUCGGCGUUCGGGUACGGCAGCCUCGCCGAGGGCACGUCGCCGGCGGGGAACAGGUACGCCAUGGCGACGAACCGGACGCGGCCGUACCAGAGCGUCAGCCAGAAGGUGCUCCUGCAGAACGACACGCACUACACCCUGUCAGCGUGGUUGCAGGUGAGCGGAGGAGUCGCCGACGUGCGGGUGGUCGUCAAGACCACCGAUGACUUCGUCCACGCCGGAGGCGUUGUCGCCAAGUCCGGCUGCUGGUCCAUGCUCAAGGGCGGCCUCACCACCGUCGCCGGCGGCCGCGCGGAGAUCUACUUCGAGAGCAACGCGACGGCGGACGUAUGGGUAGACAGCGUCUCGCUGAAGCCGUUCACCAGGGAGGAGUGGAGCACCCACCGCGACGUGUCGGCCGGCACGGCGAGGAGGAAGACGGUUAGGCUCCAGGCGACGGACUCCGCCGGCAACCCGCUGCCGGGCGCCGCCGUGUCCCUGGAGACCGUCCGCAACGGCUUCCCGCUCGGCGCGGCGAUGAGCAGCGAGAUCCUGAGGAAUCCGACGUACCAGUCGUGGUUCGCGUCCAGGUUCACGGUGGCCACGUUCGAGAACGAGAUGAAGUGGUACAGCACGGAGCCGGCGCCGGGGAGGGAGGACUACUCGGUGCCGGACGCGAUGCUGGAGUUCGCCAGGCAGCACGGCAUCGCGGUGCGCGGGCACAACGUGUUCUGGGACGACCCGAACCAGCAGCCGCGGUGGGUGCAGGCGCUCCCUUACCCGCAGCUGCUGGCGGCGGCGUCGCGGCGGAUCCGGUCGGUGGUGGCGCGCUACGCCGGGAAGCUCAUCGCGUGGGACGUGGUGAACGAGAACCUGCACUACUCCUUCUUCGAGCGCCGCUUCGGGUGGGACGCGUCCACGGCGUUCUACGCGGCGGCGCGGAUGCUGGACGGCGGGUCGACGCUCAUGUUCAUGAACGAGUACAACACGCUGGAGCAGCCGGGCGACAUGGCGGCGCUGCCGGCGAGGUACAUGCAGCGGCUGAAGCAGAUCACCAGCGGGUACCCGCAGAACGGCGCCGGCAUGGCCAUCGGCCUCGAGGGCCACUUCACGGCCCCCGUCAAUAUCCCCUACAUGCGCGCCGCCCUCGACACCCUCGCCCAGGCCGGCAUCCCCGUGUGGCUCACCGAGGUCGACGUCGCCGGCAGCCCGUCGCAGGCGUACUACCUGGAGGAGGUGCUCCGGGAGGCCUACGCGCACCCGGCGGUGCAGGGCGUCAUCCUCUGGGCGGCGUGGCGGCCGCAGGGUUGCUACGUCAUGUGUCUCACCGACAACGAGUUCAACAACCUGCCUCAGGGCGACGUCGUCGACCGGCUCAUCACCGAGUGGAGCACCGCGCCGCGCACCGGCACGACGGACGCCGAGGGCUUCUUCCAGGCGGACCUCGCGCACGGCGAGUACAAGGUCACCGUCACCCACCCGUCGCUCAACACCUCGGUGUCGCAGAGUGUCAAGGUUGAGCUGGGCUCAGGGAGCCACUACUUCAUCCACGUCUAG